CUUCCGCUCCUCUGAAUCCUCAGACAAUGAAGGAGUAUUAGGCCCCUGCUAGCUCUUUGUUUCCCGCAGCUAGCUCCAAAUUAAAAUCAUUUUUAAACACUUAAUAAUUCAAGAAGAUUCCCCAGAAGAACGAGGAGAAGCGAAAAUGUUACCAAUCAAGAAACUGGACACACUUAAAUUCGCCAGCGGGGACACGAGCCGCUUGUUCCAGUCUCAAAAUGGAGUCGGGGACGGACCGAUGAAAUGCGGCUCCUGGGUAAAUUCCUCCUCGCAGAUAGUGCCGCAAAACGGGAGCGCGGUGGAGGGCCCGAGGCGGCCGAAGACCCUGCAGGUCACCGCCAGCAACGAAGGGUACUCAGCGAAGAACCACCGGGAAAACGGCGACUCGGUGGACGACUCGCUGCCCUCCAGCCCGGACUCCCAGGGCGACGUGGACAGCUGCCCGGCGGGGGCCGAGGGGCUGGAGGCCGACACCCGGCAGCUCAUCCGCCGAACGCUCGAGGACCUAGUCGCUCACAAGGAGUCGAGCUGGAGCGACAGCAAAGCGCUGGCGACCAUGAAGAGGGUCGUGGACGAUCUCCUGGAGAAACACAGAUACGCGUAUAAUGGUAUGCUCAAAAAACUGUCGCUGGACGACCGGGCGGGCGAUGUGGGCUUCGUGAGCGACGUGGCCACCAGCCUGUUCAACGACGGCACCACCAACUGGGGCCGGAUCGCCAGCCUGGUGGCCUUCGGGGCGGUGGUGUGUCAGCACCUGGAGAAGACGAGGGGCCCGGCGGACAGCGUGGAGCUGGUGGCUCAGGAGAUCUCCACGUACCUGCUGACCCACCAGAGGGACUGGCUGGUGAAAAACAACUCCUGGGAUGGGUUUGUGCAGUUCUUCAGAGUAUCCAACCCUGAGGCUGUGGUGAGGAACACGCUGCUGGGCCUGGCUGGCUUCGCUGGUAUUGGGGCACUGGCCCUGUUGAUCAGGUGAAUUUGGACACUCGUGGACUUUUUGUGUCCGACAAAUGCUGGAAGCGCCUUCUCUUUUGAACAUUUGAACCCUUCGGGGUCGGACUUAAGAAGAUGGAAAUAUCGGCUCCACUGGAGCCUGAGUGAUAAAGACGAUCACAGACCUGUGGUUACUUUUAUCUUCUGUUCCCUCCUUGGACUCCCUUCACCCCCACCCACACAACAAGCUCACUUCACUGUCGGCUUUGAAUGAUUUCACCCUCUUAGAAUACCAUCAAACAAUUACAUAUAUUUAAUUUACGAAACAAAUUAUUUUUCUAAAGCGUGUACAUUGAUUCUAUGCAACACAUUUGAAUGGUAAUGGGAAGUCGUUUUUUUAAAUCCUUUUGAUUUUGAUUUUUCUCAUUGUUUACAUCUUCCCAAUUAUGAAACCUUUCCCUGGCAGUGAGGGUGUAGCAGGCAGGGCCCAGAGCAGGAAGGGAGAGGCUGCGUUUUCCAUGACAUGCAGCCCAUUUCCAUAGAGUCCAUUCAUAACCCCUGGAUUGUAUGGAGGCCUCGGCCAUGUGAAGGGAGGAGGGGGUGAAUUUGCAUGAGUGUAGCUCUGUUUCCUGGUCGGGAAACUGACCUGAGGAGAGCGACCCCAUGCCGGACUUGUGGCAGCGCGGCCGCAGCCUGUAAUGUUCCAGUCUGUUGGAACCGCACAAGGACUGAGGCUGAAGGAAGCAGAUUGGGCUGUUCCUCUGCACCAGACCUGACGAGAGUGGACAAUGAGUAAUAGUACAGAUUCAGUUAUAAGCUAUUCAAAAUAAAAGGCAAAUGUAAUUCACAUGA